CGGGAGCGCGCGUCAAGUUACAAACACAACAAUCGGAGGCUGUGGUUUGCAGGUCGCCAUCUUAUUGCACUGAGACCCGGAUUAACGAUCCGCUUUGUCCCGGAGUGAAGAAACCUGGAAAGCUGUGCGGUAGAGCACCGUGAGCACAAGGAAGAUAUAGCAGCGAGGCUCUGGCGCAGUCAGGUUUUCGCACACCCGGUGUAACGGGGUGGUCGUCAUGCCUGAGCCGGCGGGAACGGCAGGAGGGCGAAAGCCCGGGGGUGGCGUGAGCAGAGCCGGGGGUGGCGGCAGGAGGAGAGGGAGGAAGAAUAAAGUGCGUGCGACCCCAUUCCCUACCCGGCUUUACCAUCACCAUAGCCACUCGCUGCCGGGGCGGCCGAGGGACCAGAACCGAGACACACCAGCCAGGACCCCCAGCCCGGCAUCCGGGGAACGCCCGCAAGCCAGGGCGGCGCAGUACCGUCAACUGCGAAGAGAGGGGCUAAAACCAAAGGUGAAAACCGAAAAAAAGAUUAUAAAAGCUGAAAAAAAAGCCUUUUCCCACAACACUUCCAAUCAGAGAUGUGAGCAACGGACCCUUCAGAGACAAAAGGGCAAAUGCAACAGUCAACAUACAAAGACACGUUUUCCCCUCGAAAGUGAAAAUCUCCAAGCAGAACCUGAACUCGCAAACCGUUAUUUUCACAGACUUGAUAAGAAGCCCUUAGCCAGCGCUGAAAAUGUCAGGGACCUCAAACCAAAAGCGGAUCUAUUUCCCGACAAGGAGAUUGAUAAGGAAAUAAAUUAUGCAGGAGCAAAAUUUAGCGAUCCCCCGUCUCCACGUGUUCUUCCAAAGCCACCAAGCCACUGGAUGGACAGGAAAGCUCAAUAUGCCGACCAGUGUAAGGAGCUCAUGACAUAUCAGCUGAAAGCCUUGCUGAAAGUCCAGUUAUAAUCGUCCCCUGCUGUCUGUCUGUUACCAGGCUUAUCACUCUACCCAGAAUCCAGCAAAAAAGCAUUGAACAUUUGAAAUGCGACUUUUGCGUUCUACAUUUGUGUACAGAUGUCUAGUAUUAUAUUUUGUAUGGUUGUGUAAAUAGUGUACACAGUGUAACAUGUGUAUAUCCAUGUUUAUACUCCAGGUAAAUUUUUAGUUUUGUUAUAAAACUAUGUAUUUUGAUCUAACAUGCCAGUUUUUUUUUCUUUUCUAUACGAUGCGAUAAUGCUGAUUUGCAGUCUGAUGAAAUAAGUUCAACUUUUAAGUAAACCUAUUCCUAUUUCCUUAAACCUUUGUAGGUGCAAUCACGGUGUGUGGCCCUUCCAGGAACCACAAAUGCAAUUAGUGGACACAAAACAAAUAUUCUACUUUUUAUUCUGGACUAAUAUUGAAGCACUGAAAACAGUUCGAUUAAAGAAAUUACAAUGUUGGUCUCCUUUGUGCAGAAACCCAAACUGCUUCAUUUGAUCUUGAUUUGUCUCUUGUAUUUUUAAAUUUUUGAGCAAAUAAUUGGGAAAUAUUGGCAUUCUAAUCUUCAAGAUUAAUAAAUUUGUGGUUUUUAAACCUAUCUUUUGAACAUGUGAUGCACUAAAAUGCCCCCUUAAUUUAUAAAUUGACCAAUGCUAAAAUAAAUAAAUUGAUUUGGCCUCCCCAAAA